GGGGGCUUUCCGAUUCGGUUCCGGUUCCUGGGGAUGGUUAUCGGAGCCCAUAAACCGAUUUAUUGCGUUCAGCAUCGAAUCCUUUUACCACGCACGAGAGCGCAGACACCCCCAACAAGUUCUAAUUUCUUUGCCCCAACUCCAUAGCCAUUGAAGCUUCUCCGCUCCCCUCUCCCCGCUCCAGCUGCAGUAGUCAGGCCAACCCAAUCUCCUCCGCUCCACACUACCGGCGGCCAUCAGGUUUUUGGCCACCGGACAUUAGUUAAAAGCAAGAAUUAAGGUCCCACCUGCGGGCCAUCCACUCACCCAUCAGGUUAAAUGAGAAGAAGGCUCCAUCAUGGAGAUGUUGAUGGAAAAAGGGGUGAGCAUUUGCAGACAUCAGGGCUAGAUGGUUUAGAUGAGCCUUUAUUAGGGAAUCAUGAGCAUGAUGACAGACACUCAGAGGGUGACCUGCUUGGAGAUAUAUGGGAUGAUGAGCGAAAGAAAGAACGCGUGCACUGGAUGUUUCUAUUUUCUCAACUGAUUACGCAAUGGGCACAAUGGUUAGCAAAUAUUGUUUUAGGGCCAAGUUCACUUCUUGGACGAUUUUUGCCUCUUCAUUCCAACAUUCAUUAUGGACAGAAUAAAUUUUUUUUCCCAAAAUCUCUUAGUCCUUUACAGGAUGCACUUAAACAACUGUGGAUGUUGGCCUACCCAAGUAGGGACCUCCCAAAUCUUAAAUCGGAGCUUUGGAAAGAUAUGGGUUGGCAAGGUUCUGACCCUUCAACAGAUUUUAGGGGUGGGGGAUUUAUAUCAUUGGAGAAUCUCAUCUUUUUUGCCCAGAAAUAUCCGAGCUCCUUCCAGAGUUUGUUGCACAAGCAAGAUGGAAACAGAGCCGACUGGGAAUACCCUUUUGCUGUAGCAGGAAUUAAUAUUUCUUUUAUGCUGGCCCAGAUGUUAGAUAUACAAUCAGGAAAACCAAGUACUUUGCCAGGAGUCCGGUUCCUAGAACUACUUGGGGAAGAUGAAUUGGCAUUUGACAAGCUUUACUGUGUAGCCUUUCAGUUGAUGGAUGCACAAUGGCUGGCAAGACGUGCCUCAUAUAUGGAGUUUAAUGAUGUUCUAAAGUCCACAAGGACACAGUUAGAGCGUGAGCUAGCACUUGAAGAUGUUUCUGGCGUGGAAGAUUUGCCAGCAUACAACGUGUUGAAAAGAUAACACACCUUGUGUUUGUUUACUUGAAAUAUUUGUUGCUAAUGAAACCAAUCCUUUGACAUCUGUAAUUCGGUGCCACAAGUUUGCAUUGACAUUAAAUAUAGUUUUACAAAAGCUGUACGAAGUUAAAAGAACCCACAAUUACUUCCGAUUCUUUAUUGGAUGGAGACAGAUUUCUUACCCUGUAUCAGGUGGUGUCACUUGGAAUUCCUGAAAUUUAGGUUACGUUUUGCUUGUCCAAUGUCAAUGCCUCAUAAUAGAAUGAUCUUAUUAUAGAGAUUUGAUAGCUCACAAAAAGGAGUAUUAUUAUCAUAAAUCUGCUGAUAAUAACAAGUUUUAUGUUACUCCAAAACAUGAGAUGUAUCAGGAAUGAUUAUUUAUUUAAUUUCGUCCUCAGUAUUCUAUCU